CGCCAGUGUGUGGAGUACGCGCUGAAGGCGCAGCCCCUGCGCCGUUACAUCCCCAAGAACCGCACCCAGUACCGGGUGUGGGCCAUGGUGAACUCCACGGCCUUCGAGUACAUCAUGUUCGUGCUCAUCCUGCUCAACACCAUCGCCCUCGCCGUGCAGCACUACGAGCAGUCGAAGCCCUUCAACUACGUGAUGGACCUGCUGAACAUGGUGUUCACCGGGCUCUUCACCGUGGAGAUGGUGCUCAAGAUCAUCGCCUUCAAACCCAGGCACUAUUUCUGUGACGCCUGGAACACGUUCGACGCGCUGAUCGUGGUGGGCAGCGUGGUGGACAUCGCGGUCACCGAGGUCAACAACGGGGGGCACGUCGGUGAGAGCUCGGAGGACAGCUCCCGCAUCUCCAUCACGUUUUUCCGGCUGUUCCGGGUCAUGCGCCUCGUCAAGCUGCUCUCCAAGGGCGAGGGGAUCCGCACCCUGCUCUGGACCUUCGUCAAGUCCUUCCAGGCCCUGCCCUACGUCGCCCUCCUCAUCGCCAUGAUCUUCUUCAUCUACGCCGUCAUCGGGAUGCAGACCUUCGGGAAGGUGGCUCUGCAGGACGGGACCCAGAUCAACCGCAACAACAACUUCCAGACCUUCCCCCAGGCCGUGCUGCUGCUCUUCAGGUGUGCCACGGGGGAGGCGUGGCAGGAGAUCAUGCUGGCCAGCCUGCCGGGCAAACGCUGCGACCCCGAGUCGGACGCGGAGCCGGGGGAGGAGUUCACCUGCGGCAGCAACUUCGCCAUCGCCUAUUUCAUCAGCUUCUUCAUGCUCUGCGCCUUCCUGAUCAUCAACCUGUUCGUGGCCGUCAUCAUGGACAACUUCGAUUACCUGACGCGCGACUGGUCCAUCCUGGGCCCGCACCACCUGGACGAGUUCAAGCGUGUGUGGUCCGAGUACGACCCGGCUGCCAAGGGCCGCAUCAAGCACCUGGACGUGGUGACGCUGCUGCGCCGGAUCCAGCCCCCGCUGGGCUUCGGGAAGCUCUGCCCCCACCGCGUGGCCUGCAAGCGCCUGGUGGCCAUGAACAUGCCCCUCAACUCGGACGGGACCGUCACCUUCAACGCGACGCUCUUCGCGCUGGUCCGCACCUCCCUCAAGAUCAAGACGGAAGGGAACCUGGACGUGGCCAACAAAGAGCUCCGGGCCGUGGUCAAGAAGAUCUGGAAGCGAACGAAGCCGAAGCUGCUGGACGAGGUCAUCCCCCCGCCCGAGGAGGAGGAGGUCACCGUGGGGAAGUUCUACGCCACCUUCCUGAUCCAGGACUAUUUCCGCAAGUUCCGCCGGCGGAAGGAGCGGGGGAUGCUGGGCCCCAGCGCCACCCCCAGCAACGAGAGCGCCCUGCAGGCCGGGCUGCAGACGCUGCAGGCGCUGGGCCCCGAGAUGCGCCGGGCGCUGAGUGACCUGGAGGGGGACGAGGGCGGCGACGCCCCCGCGGAGGAGCCGCUCACCUACGCGGCCCCCGAGACGCUCUAUGGCUCCGCCCCCAACUCCCCCCUGCUCGGGGACGCGCCCCCCGCCCCCAGCCCCGCCCCCCCCGAGGGGGAGGAGCCCGCGCCCCCCGCCCACGGCGGAGCCCCCCGGCAGGGCGGCAGGCGCCGCUCCGAAGGGGGGGAGCAGGAUGAGGAAGCUCCCCCGGAGGACGCGGAGGAGCCGGGGGGGGACACGGGGGGGGACAUCAGCCACGACGAGGACCUGGAGAGCGCGGCCCCGCCCCGCCCCCGCUGGGCCGGGGACAGGCCGCCGGGCCCCCCGCGCUGGGGGAUGGAGCUGCCCCGGGGGGGGUCGCUGCCGUUGCCCCCCCGACACUUCGCGCUCCGCGAGGGGCAACAACUGAAACGGCGCCGCCUCCUGCCCCCCACCCCCGCCGGCCGGAAGCCCUCGUUCACCAUCCAGUGCCUGCGGCGCCAGGGCAGCUGCGAGGACGAGCCCAUCCCGGGCACCUACAACCCCUCGGGCCCCCCCGGCCCCGCCCGCCCGCAGGGCUACGGCAGCUCCGAGACCUGGCGCCUGGGGGGCUCCUCGCAGGCCUGGGCGGCCCCGGCCCGCGGGCACGUCCUGUACGCGCCCCUCAUCCUGGUGGAGGGGGCGGCGGGGGGGGGCGCGGGGGGCAGCCUCCCCCCCCUCAACCGCUGGUUCCCCCCCGCGCCCCUGCGCCUGCGGCCCUGCGACCCCCGCGACGCGCUGGCCAGGGGGUCUGCGGACAGCCUGGUGGAGGCCGUGCUGAUCUCGGAGGGGCUCGGGCUGUUCGCCCGCGACCCCAAGUUCGUGGCGGUGGCCAAGCGGGAGAUCGCGGACGCGUGUGACAUGACCAUGGACGAGAUGGAGAGCGCGGCCGCCGACCUGCUGACCCGCCGCCGGGCCCCGCCCGCGCCCGCGCCCGCCGUGUACAGCGACGAGGAGCCGCUGCGGCCGCCGCCCGAGGAGGAGCUGGCGGACGAGAUGGGCUGGGCCGGGGGGGUCUGACCGGGCACGGGCACCGCGGGCAGGGGGAGCGGGACCGGCCGGAGGGCUCCGGGACCGGCACCGGCAGCGGGGGAGCUCUGGGACCGGGACUGGGACCCGCCGGGCGGGCUUUGGGACCCGGGACCGGGACUGGGACUCGCCGGGCGGGCUUUAGGACCCGGGACCGAGACUGGGACCCGCCGGGCGGGCUUUAGAACCCGGACCCGGCCUCAGUCCCAGUGUCGGGCGGGCUUUAGGACCGGGACCCGGCCUCAGCCCCAGGACCGAGCCUGGGCCCGCCGGGCGGCCUUUGGGACCCGGGACCGAGACUGGGACCCACCGGGCGGGCUUUGGGACCCGGGACCGAGCCUGGGCCCGCCGGGCGGCCUUUGGGACCCGGGACCGAGACUGGGACCCACCGGGCGGGCUUUAGGACCCAGGACCGAGACUGGGACCCACCGGGCGGGCUUUAGGACCCGGGACCGAGACUGGGACCCACCGGGCGGGCUUUAGGACCCCCCGCCCCCGCCCGAGCCCCGACGCCCCCGGAGCCGGAGCCGAGCCCGGAGCCGGAGCCGAGCCCGGAGCCCGAGCCGAGCCCGGCUGAGAGCGGCGGGUGUCACCUCAGGGAAAAAGGGACUGCGAUCGAAGAAACGCUGGGGUUUUCCCUCACAAAAGGUCGGUUUUCCUCUGGAAAAGGGGGAUUUGCCUCAGGGAGGGGGGCGGUGGUUUCCUCAAAAAGAGGUUUUGUCCUCAGGAAAAGGGAUGUUCGUCUCAAUAAAGUUUU